AUGUCGGCCAACGAGAUAUCAGUGGCCUAUCUGUUGAUCAGUGAGCACUUCGGCUCAAUCGUGGCGUCUGUGGCGCAGGUGUUGCUCCACAACGGGUCGACACCACUGCCACUGAUUGUCCAGUCGUGCAAAGAGUCCAAACACAACACGAAGAAGUCGUUAAUGAUAUUAAUUCAACACAAUUUCGUGACCUUCUCGACCAACCCGAAGGGGUUCGUGGAGUACGACAUGGAUGUGGAGGAAGUGUUAUGUCUGUUACGUUAUCCCAAAUAUAUUUAUGUCUCGAAAAUGCUUUUGGGAGACGAGUCGGAGUACAUGUGCGAAGAACUGCUCAGACAUGGGGUCAUGACUAUGAGUCAGACCAUACAGCAAGUGGUCAAUCGGUUGGCGCUGGCGUUGGGCCACAAGAACUGCGACCAUUUGGUCCAAAGCGUUCAUCAGGUGUUCACCAAAUUAGUGUCCAUGCAUUUCAUCCAAAGAGUCCACACUCUCAGUGAUAAUCAAACCACUGAUUAUACUGUCAUUAAGUCUUCCCUGCUAUGCCUGCUUCUGCACCUAGACUCACUACAACACCACUUUCUCCUUCUUGGCCACUUUUUCAGGCGCAAAAUGAGUUGCGAUUCAAAAGAUGUCAAACAAAAGGAUUUAAAUAUUUAUUGGAAAAUGAAUUUAAAGCGAUUUAAUCAGUACUUAAGAGAUCAGACAAUUGUCGAGACGAUUACCACUCAUUAUGACGACCCGACCGCCGGAGAGAUCGUCAGAAUUAUCCUCAGACUGUCUGAAGUGAAUACACAUUCAAUGCAAUCGACGACAUGUCCGCUCUCUAAGCAAGACAUCACUCGGGAAGCGCUCAAACAAAAAGUCUGUUCCGAUGGCUCACAAGUGGAGCAGUAUUUGCGGUGCUUUCAGGAGGACAUGAACUUCAGGUUUGUGGUGAAGAGUGAAGACCGAAACGAUGGCAUGUAUUCGGUGGACAUAAUGAGGACAUUAAACAAAUUGGUUGAGAACUGCUUGUCGUCUAUCGUUCAGAACCGCUAUUGCAGUAAAAGUUCGCGAAUUUUUCGGCUAUUAAUCGAUAAGAAGUAUUUACAGCAGAAACAGAUCGAAGACUUGGCAAUGAUUCCAUCAAAAGAGGCCAAACAACUCACUUAUAAUCUCUAUACAAACGGUUUGCUUAAAGUCCUUCAGUGCCCCAAGACGUCAGACUACGCGCCCUCCAGGACUUACUUCUUGUUUUCGGUGGACACCACUCAC